UAACAGCAGUCAUUGAACAUUUGCUUGUCAUCCUACACACAUUUUUAAUGAGGUCAGCAUUGUCAGUUAGUUGCACACUUUGGACUUCGGUGUCCUCGUUGUAAAACGGUUCUCGAUGCUAGAUUGGGUGGAACGCGGACUUUAAACAGAUUGGCAUGUUGGUUCUCGGUCGAUGAUGUUAUUCCUCACUUUGCCUUUUAUUUCUUCAGAGAGCUGGAGCCAUGGGAGCAACGUUCGAGAUUUUGACACUUGACACUUCAUUUUCUUCAGGAUACUUAGCGUGACUAUUGUUUUGUAAAUGCCCUUGAUUUACAUCCCUUUUGACAUGGAAAAGAAGGAAACAUGAGGACGUGGAGGCCGUGGGGAAUUUGGAAGAGGAGAACAGAAGGCAAGCCAGCACUCUGCAGAGCUGUCAGAAUCGACUAUGAAUGAGGAGAGAGAAGAGGGGGGUCACACCUCUAAAAUCAAUGUGUCUGGAGAACAUGGCCGCCAGGGCCAAACUAAGAGCCCAGAGCAGCACGUGAGACCAGCCUCACCUGUACCCAGCUGCGUCUCCAUGACGAGUGAGAGAUCUAUUCAUUGUCCUCCCAACUUGCAAGACAGACGCCCCUCCAGUGAAAAGAAACAGGAGGAGGAGGAGGCCGUGCGGAGUGAGGAAGAGGAGCCCAGGAGGCUUGCCAUCGCUCUGCAGAGCUGUGGAGACUCCUUGUUUGAAACUACACUGAACAAUGCCUGUCUCGAAUCUGCUAUGAAUGAGGAGAGAGAAGAGGGGGGUCAUACCUCUAAAAUCAAUGUGUCUGGAGAACAUGGCCGCCAGGGCCAAACUGAGAGCCAAGAGCAGCAUGUGAGCACAGCCUCACCUGUACCCAGCUGCGUCUCCAUGAAGAGUGAGAGAUCUAUUCAUUUUCCUCCCAACUUGCAAGACAGACGCCCCUCCAGUGAAAAGAAACAGGAGGACGAGGAGGCCUUGGGGAGUGAGGAAGAGGAGCACAGGAGGCUUGCCAGCGCUCUGCAGAGCUUAAAUAUUUCUGCCGUGUGCCAGCAUGAGCUCAAGACUCACCUGAAGGAGAGGUUCCAGCAUGUGUAUGAGGGAAUCGCUGAAGCAGGUCAGCCAUCAAAGCUCAAUCUGAUCUACACAGAGCUCUUUGUCACCGAGGGAGUCAAUGGAGAGGUCAACAAGGAACAUGAAGUCAGAAUGAUUGAAAAAGCUUUCCGGGAGUCAGUAAAGGGUGAAAAAACAAUCAAAUGUGAAGACAUCUUUAAACGCUUACCUGGGAAAGAUCAUCCAAUCAGAACAAUAAUUACAACUGGAGUGGCAGGCAUUGGUAAAACCUUCUUAACACAAAAGUACACACUGGACUGGGCAGAAGGCAAUGGCAACACCGACAUAGACUUCAUAUUUCACUUCACUUUCAGAGAGCUAAAUUUACUGAGAGAGAAAGAGUUUAGCUUGGUGGAGCUUCUUCAUCACCUAUUCAUUGAAACUAAAAGAGCAGGAAUCUGCAGCUACGACCUAUACAAAGUUAUCUUCAUCUUGGAUGGUCUGGAUGAGUGGCGACUUCCUCUGGACUUCCAGAACGAAAUCUGUACCGAUGUCAACAAGUCUUCCUCGCUCGGUGUGCUGCUGACUAACCUAAUCCGAGGCAACCUGCUUCCCUCCGCCUGCAUCUGGAUAACCACGCGCCCUGCGGCAGCCAAUCAGAUCCCUGCUAUCUGUGUUGACAGGAUGAUAGAGGUGAGAGGUUUCACCAACCCAAAAAAGGAGGAUUACUUCAGGAAAAGAUUCGGAGAAGGGACGCUGGCCAGCACAAUCAUCUCCCAUGUCGAAGCGUCACGAAGCCUCCAAAUCAUGUGUCACAUCCCACUCUUCUGCUGGAUCACUGCUUCAGUUCUGGAGCACAUCUUGACCACAUGCAAGAGAAGAGAAGAGAUGCCCAAGACCCUGACUGGGAUGUACAUCCUCUUCCUGAGGGUUCAGUCCAUACGGAUGGGCAUGAAGUAUCAUGGAAGGGCUGAAACAUAUCCACCCUGGACACCAGAGAGUAGGCAGACCAUUUUGUCUCUGGGGAAAUUGGCUUUUAACCAGCUGGAGAAAGGCAACCUGAUCUUCUACGAGGCAGAUCUGGCAAAGUGUGGCAUUGAUAUCAAAGCCGCCUCACAGUACUCAGGAAUGUUCACCGAGAUCUUUAAGGAGGAGUGUGGACUGGACAAUGAGAAGGUCUUCUGCUUUGUCCAUCUGAGCAUUCAGGAGUUUCUGGCGGCGGUUCAUGUCUUACAUUCCAUCAUCAGCUCUGGUAUAAAUCAGUUUACAGGAUCUUCUGAACUUAGCAAGGAAUAUGGGGUCCAACUCCUACACCAGAGUGCUGUGGACAAGGCCUCCGAGAGUGAGAACGGACACCUGGACUUGUUCCUCCGCUUCCUCCUGGGCCUCUCUAUGGAGGAAAAUCUGAUUCUCCUACAAGGCCUGCUGGAUCACACAGAAAUCUGCCUGCGGAGCAAUCAGGAAACAGUUGUGUACAUUAAGAAGAAAAUAAGUGAAGAUCCCUCUCCAGAGAGAUGUAUCAACCUGUUCCACUGUCUGAAUGAGCUGAACGACCAAUCUCUAGUGGAGGAGAUCCAACAAUACCUGGCAUCAGGAAGACUCUCCAGAACUACUCUCUCCCCUGCUCAGUGGUCAGCUCUGGUCUUCAUCUUACUGUCAUCAGAAGAGGAGCUGGACGUGUUUGACCUGAAGAAAUACACUGCUUCAGAGCAGGGUCUUCUGAGACUGCUGCCAGUGGUCAAAGCCUCCAAAACAUCUUUGCUGAUCGGCUGUAAUCUGUCAGAGGGAUGCUGUGAAGCUUUGGCCUCAGUUCUCAACUCCUCUAGUCUGAGAGAGCUGGACCUUAGUGCCAAUGAUCUUCAGGAUUCAGGAGUGAAGCUGCUCUCUGCUGGACUGGGGAGUCCACAAUGUAGACUGGAAACUCUCAGGCUGAAUGGCAGUCAUCUAUCAGAGAGAAGCUGUAGAGCUCUGGCCUCAGUUCUCAGCUCCAACUCCUCUAGACUGAGAGUACUGGACCUUAGUAACAAUGAUCUGCAGGAUUCAGGAGUAAUACUGCUCUCUGCUGGACUGGGGAGUCCACACUGUACACUGGAAACUCUCAGGCUGAUCAGCUGUAAUCUGUCAGAGAGAUGUUGUGAAGCUCUGGCCUCGGUUCUCAGCUCUGAGUCCUCUAGUCUGAGAGAGGUGGACCUGAGUACCAAUGAUCUGCAGGAUUCAGGAGUAAUACUACUCUCUGCUGGACUGGGGAGUCCACAAUGUAGACUGGAAACUCUCAGGUUGUCUGGCUGCCUGCUCACACAGGAAGGCUGUGCUUCUCUGGCCGCAGCCCUGAGCUCCAACCCCUCCCAUCUGAGAGAGCUGGACCUGAGCUACAAUCACCCAGGAGACUCAGGGGUGACACUGCUCUCUGCUGGACUGGAGGGUCCCCACUGGAAACUGGACACCCUCAGUGUUGACCACGGCGAGGUCUCGAGGCUGGAAUCAGGUUUGAGGAAGUACGCCUCUGACUUCACAUUGGACCCAAACACAGCCCACCGUGAACUCUCUCUCUCUGAGGACCAGAGAAAGGUGACCAACGUUGAGGAGCAGGAGGGGUGUAAUGUCUCCAGACAGGUGUUGUGUGGACAGGGUCUGACUGGCCGCUGUUACUGGGAGGUAGAGUGGAAAGGGGAGGUUUUUAUCGGAGUGGCGUACAGAGGAAUAACAAACCAAGGAAAGAGUGAUGGGACUUGUCUUGGAUACAAUGACCAGUCCUGGAGUCUUUAUUGUUUUGGUGAUCGGUUCUCUGCCUGGUACGACAGUAUAAGGACAAGGAUAAGCUUCCACUGCUCUAAUAAUAACAGAGUAGGAGUAUAUUUGGACCGACCUGCUGGCACCCUGUCCUUUUACAGUGUGUCCCCAGGUGUAGGAGGGCCCUCAGACACACUGACGCUCAUUCACACCUUCAAGUCCACAUUCACACAUGGCAACCUCUUUCCUGGGUUUGGGUUGAACCGCUAUGGUUCCUCAGUGUCCCUAUGUCGGCUCUAGUUAGCCCACACACACACAGACACACACACAGACACACACUCACUCACUCACUCACUCACUCACUCACUCACUCACUCACUCACUCACUCACUCACUCACUCACUCACUCACUCACUCACUCACUCACUCACUCACUCACUCACUCACUCACUCACUCACUCACUCACUCACUCACUCUUUGUUAAAUCUGAUUAUAUAGAAUUAUUUCAGUUAGGGACAUUUAUUUUCAUAUAGUGAUCAUUGAGCUAUAUUCAUCAAUCUAAUUCAAAAGUUUAUUUUUCUUUUCUAUCAAACUGCUACUUUUUUAUGAUUUGAGGCAAUGUAAUAAAUUGAAAUGGUGUUGAAUUUUUUGCUCUAAAAUAAACAUUAAUUAAACUAGUUUUAAUUGUUAGAUAAACAAACUAACACUUAACACGUUAUUGAAACAUUUAAAUGAAAAACACUGUAGCGACCCACGGGGCUGCGUCGUCAUAUUGGUUAGCGCGCAAAGGGUCUUUACUGUAAGAGUUUUGUGUUUAGGGGAUUUUACUGCGUAAAGUGUUCUGAUUGUUUUGUUGUUUUGGUUCAUGGUUCCGUGACACAGACCAUUGUAAACUGACUGACGAUGUAGGACCUUUGUUCAAAUGUAUAUUCUGUGUUUAAAGUGGGUUUAUGUGUAUCAAAAUAAAAGUAACCCCCGGGGGUCAUGCGUUUUA